AUGCAUACAAAAAAACCUUAAUAGUAAAGAAAAAAUGAUUUAAUUGAUCUUUCUUAAUUAAGUCCACAUUUAUCUUAGGUCUAAGAAACAUAGUAUAAAUAUAUACCUUUAAUGACAAAAGAAAUAUAAGAUUAACUAGAUUCUAAAUGGCAAGAAUGCAAAAUUUAAGGUAAAAAUCUUACACCUCGUACAAAUUCUGCAAUAGCUAUUCACAAUAAUGAGUAAUUUUUUAUCUGACUUAGUUUGUAUUUGUAUGGGGGAUAUCAGUAAAUUUAAGGUAUUAUGUAAGACUUUUAUAAACUUAACAUGGGUGCAGAAUCCUUUAUUUGGCAAAACAUAAAAUGUGAUUAUGAGCCUGGACCUCGUUGUCGCCAUUCACUUUAUGUUUACAAUAAUUGUCUUUAUUUAUUUGGGGGACAAAUAUCUGAUUCUGUAUAUACAAAUGAAAUGUUUGUAUAUGAUAUCAAUCAAAGAUUUUGGAAAAAAUUUGACUAAAACGAUUCAUAUCCAUAACCAUUAGAUAAUUAUUGUUCUACUGUUUAGAAUGAUAAAUUAUAUAUAUUUGGAGGCUUUUACUCUACAGAUAUUUGCAAGCAUUCUAAUGAUUUAUAUACAUUUAAUUUUAAUCUAAAUAAUUGGAUUAAAUUAAAUAAAUUUAAAUAAAGACAACCUUCUCCUAGGGAUGGUAGUUCUAUAGCUAUUCAUAAUUAAAAUCUUUAUAUGUUUGGAGGAAAGAAUGGAUUUGAAAGAUUUAAUGAUUUGUGGUAAUUUGAUUUGUCAAAAUACGAAUGGAAUUUCAUCCCUAUUUUGUGUUCGAGUGAUAUUCCAAUGAGUCGAUCUGGACAUUCACUUAUAGUUCAUGAAAAUUAAUUGAUUCUUUUUGGAGGAAUUCAUGAUAUAACUUGGGAAUUAGAUGAUUUACUUACUUAUUAAAUAAAUAAAAAAGAAUGGAAAACUAUUAAUUAAGAUUCUUCUAGAAGAAAAGAAUUUGAACUUCCAUCUCUUUGUAAAUCUAAUAAAAGUCCCUAGAAUAAAAAAAGGUCCGUUAAGUUUACUUCAAUGAUUAGACCAUUUAGUUUAAGAAAAUCUGUAUGUUAAUCCCUAAAUAAGGUUAGAUCAUUUACUUAAUCAAAAUAAUCUUAUUUUUCUAAUUAUUAAAAUGUUGUAUUGACCUAGGAUCAAAAAAAUAAUUCUGUUGUUAAUACUUCAAUAAAUCAUGUUUAAGAAAGAAGGAAACUAGAAAAUCUUAAGAAAAAAGCUGCUAUGUUAAAACUUUUUGAUGUUGAAUCUAGUAAAAGAACUUCAUUUUAAGAUGAUUGCAAUGUUACAGAAAAAUUAAGAACUUCAUUAAUUUUAAUAGGAAAUCCAAAACAAGAUUUAAAAUUAACAAAAGGAACAUUGACUGAGUUUGGAUAAUAAAUUAUUUCAAAGUAUUAUAUAUUUUUUAUUUUAGAUUUAUACAACCAUUUUUUGAUGGAAGAAAUGUAAUUAAUGGAAAAAAACCAUGUGCUCGUGAUGGACAUGCAGUUACAGUAUUUGAAAAUUAAAUGGUUUUAUUUGGAGGUGAUAGACACACUAUGUCUUUUAAUGAUCUCUAUAUUUUAAAUUUAACGUUGAUAUGA